AUGACCCGGUUUGGACCAGACGUUCGUCCUCCUGACUCAAAGAGGUUGGGUGCUGCGACAACAAUUAAAAAAGGGCCAUGUCAAUGGGCGCGACUAUUUCCAUGGAAAGGGCGACACAAGGCGUCGUCUUCUCCAAAGGAAAUUUCAUCAACGACGGAUGUUCCAAGUGCAUCCACAAAUGCUGGACCAGAAGUAGAGAACCCAAACCCGCGCGAUCAAGCAGCGAUUCCAUCUAAGGGUUUAGCGUCGCGAGAAACGCCGUCAUCUGGGCCGGCCAAGGAGACUUCAACAACACGAGGUGCUCCAAGUCCAAAGGAAUCAACCAAUGCUGCUGGACCAGCAGCUGCUGCAGCAGUGGAGAACCCAAACCCUCGCGAUCAAGUGGCGAUUCUAAUUGAGGAUAAGAUGCGAAGAACGCCGCCGUUUUCGCCAGAUUGUGCUAUUUACCAAGUCCCCGAGAGAUUUCGCAAUGGAAAUGAACAACACUACAAACCCCGGGUGGUCCCAAUCGGACCCUAUCACUCCUACCACGGAAGUUUCCCACAAAUGCAAAGCUAUAAGCUCAAAUACAUAGAGGCCUUCACCAGCCGAAACGAGCUCGGAUUCAUAGACCAAUGCCUUGGCUUUGUGAGAAGUUGCGAGAUAAAAGCCAGGAGAUAUUAUGUCGAGCCCAUUGACCUAAGCAGUGAUGACUUCGCCGAGCUGAUGCUGGUGGACGCAAUUUUUGUCUUGGAGCUUAUGCUCAGGCAUCAGUUUGCCCAAUAUAUAGACGACGGCGAUCGAAUAUAUCAUAAGCCGCGGAUGAUAACAGAUGUUUUCCUUGAUGUCGUGUUGUUGAUCGAGAACCAAAUUCCCUUCUUUCUUCUUGAGGGUUUGUAUGACCUUGUUGAUAGCAGCUACAAAGGAAAUCUCAGCUUCUUUGUGGAUCUUACGCAUGAGUUCUUGAAGGGUUACGUCAAAAUCGAUGAGUUUGGUGCUGAUCAUGCACCUGUGCCUCAAGUUAACCAUGGAGUGAAGCAUUUUAUUGAUUUUAUACGAUACUACUACUUGCCCAUGUCGCCUGUGGAGGGUGAAAAUCCCAAUAGUCAUCCUAGGGUUGAAGAAAUCCCACCAAGCAUGACAGUGCUAGACGAUGUGGAGGGUGAAAAUCCCAAUAGUCAUCCUAGGGUUGAAGAAAUCCCACCAAGCAUGACAGUGCUAGACGAUGCCGGAGUUCAGUUUGUGACAAGAACAACAACCUUCUUACUUGACAUACAAUUCAACAACGGAAGUCUCAUAAUUCCGAAUUUUAGAGUUGACGAUUGGACGGAAACUCUCUUCAGGAACCUCAUCGCCUUUGAACAGUGCCACGAUCACCAAAUGAGGUACAUUUCGCAAUUUAUGUUCCUCAUGGGGGGCAUGAUCAAGACUUCAAAGGACGUGGACUUGCUCAUUGAACAUGGAAUUAUAUCUAGUGCGCUGGGGAGUAACGAUGAUCUGUCCGCUCUAUUUAAUUAA